AUGAAUUUUUUUAGUUCUAAAACAAAAACUAUUAAAACUUACGGAAAAGAUAAAAGGGAAAGAGUCGUAAAUAUAUGGGAAAAGGAUUUAAGAUCUAAACAACAACAACAUUAUCAAAAAUCACAAGAGGAAAAACCACAACCACAACUACAUUAUCCUGAAUCAUUAUUAAAGCUCUUAAAUUUAUGUGGUCAAAAUGCAAUCUAUACAUUUGAAGAAUUUCUUGGUAAAGAUUGUAUUCAUAAUGCUGUAAAGAUUGGUGAAGCAAGUUUUUCAGAGGUUUUUACAAGUUAUGUGUCAAAAUUCACUUCAAACAAGAUGAAAUCUGUUCUAAAAAUAAUUCCAUUUGGAAGAGGGAAAGAAAUAUUGAUUAAUGGUGAAGAGCAAUCAAGUAUAAAAAACAUAUUACAAGAAAUUAUAAUUACAUUGAAAUUAUGUGGAAGAAAUGAAAUAGCAUCAUCAUCAAGUGUUGGAUUUUUGGAAUUAUACGGUGUUGGAAUUAUUUAUGGUAAAUAUCCUGAUCAAUUGAUAAACCAAUGGGAUGCUUGGGAUGAAAAACAUAAUUCAGAUAAUGAUCGCCCUGAUUAUUUUGAUGAUAAACAAUUGUAUGUUGUAAUGAUAAUUGAAUAUGGAGGUCUCGAUUUAGAACAUGUAAAGUUAAAGAAUUGGAAUCAAGCUUGGAGUGUUUUAGCACAAGUUGGUUAUUCAGAUUUGAAAGACCUUCAUUGGGGAAACAUUACUAUUAAACCUACAAAAUGUAAAAAUAUUUCAUACAAUGUGACAUCAUCAUCACCACCAUUGGAUAUAAAUAUUCCUACAUAUGGUAUAAGCGUAUGGGUAAUUGAUUAUACAUUGUCACGAAUUGAACAUGAUAAUGAAAUAGUAUAUGUUAAUCUUUCGGAUGAAAGUUAUUUUACGAGUGAAGGUGAUUAUCAAUACGAUAUAUAUCGUAUGAUGAGAAAAGAGACAAACGGUGAUUGGAAAUCUUUUAAUUCCAAAACAAAUGUAUUUUGGCUUCAUUAUCUUUCAGACAAACUUUUAAAAGAAAAAAAUUUACCAAUACCAACUAGAAAUAAUAAUCAAUACAAAUAUUAUAAUUCAGUAAAUAAAUUUCACAAUUCUGUGUUGAAAAGAAAUAGUUAUAAAAGUGCCAUGGAAAUAAUGAAGAAUGAAGAGUUCUGGAAAUUGUAG